AUGCAGACAAUCAGUUUGAUAUUAUUUCUGCUGUUAGUAGUAAUUGCAUCAGGACAGUCAGAUCUGGGAGCACUCUUAGAGCUCAGAAAAGGCAUUCAGAAAGACCCUACUGGGAAAGUUCUUGUUUCAUGGGAUUCGAAGUCCGUGGACUCUGAUGGCUGCCCCCUGAAUUGGGUCGGGAUAUCGUGUAGCAAUGGCCGUGUGACAUCAAUCACUGUAAAUGAUGCUGGACUGGUUGGUGAGUUCAGCUUUUCAGCCAUUACUGGUCUUAAAAUGCUUCGCAAUUUGUCGGUUUCAAACAACCAGCUGACGGGGACCAUCUCAAAGGUUGGUUUAUUCGAGUCCCUGGAAUAUUUGGAUCUCUCAUGCAAUUUGUUUCAUGGGUUAAUACCCUCUGCUUUGGUCAACUUAAAGAGUUUAGUGCGUUUGAAUCUUUCUUCAAACCAAUUUGAAGGCAUUUUUCCCACUGGUUUAGGCAAACUUGAACGGUUGAGGUAUAUAGAUGCUCGAGCUAAUGUCUUUUCUGGAGACAUUAUGAAUUUUCUACCCAAAAUGGGUAGCUUGGUCCAUGUUGAUCUGAGCAGCAAUCGGUUUUCUGGUUCGUUGGAUUUGGGACGUGGUAACUCCUCUCUUGUUUCAUCUAUUCAAUAUUUGAAUGUUAGCCACAAUUCCUUGGUUGGAGAGCUUUUUCCUCACGAUGGGAUGCCAUAUUUUGAUAGUUUGGAGACAUUUGAUGCUAGUUAUAAUCAGUUAGUGGGUCCUAUACCUUCCUUCAAUUUUGUUUUCUCUCUGCGCACACUUCGGCUUGGAAGCAACCAGCUCUCUGGUUCUCUACCGGAAGCUCUAUUGCAAGAGAGCUCAAUGCUCUUGUCCGAACUGGAUCUUAGUCUUAACAAACUUGAAGGUACAGGAUAUGUAAAAGUACUUUCUUUCCUUUCAUAUUUCAAAUUGUGUAUGAAAAUUGAUAGUCCUGUUUGGAAAUUUCUUUUUUCAGACUUGGAAAUUGAAAAUAAAUGA